AUUACCUCCUUCACAACCUCCACGUCUCCUCCUCAUGUCUUUGUAGUUAUGUGGCUGUGUAUCUGUUUGCUAUGCCUCUAAUGGGUUUCGGGCAUAGCUUAAUGUCUCCAGGGCAGAAUUGCAGGCAGAAUUGAUUUGUCUGUUUGCCCGAUGCAACCUUGUCUUGGUUGCUCUAUGAAUCAAAGCUGCUGCAAUCCAUGGACUCUCAUCUUUGUUCCUACGCGUAUGUAAAACAUGGCAGCCAAUUACGAAUAUGACAAGAUUGACCUUGAUGGACCCGGCUUUCGACUUGUGCGGCUUCACCAAGGCGACGGCGGCGACUUGAGUUGCGAUCUUUUUCAAGCAGUCCUACACCAACACGAUGAAUUGAUACCGUAUGAAGCGCUCUCUUACACAUGGGGGCCGACCGGAGGCCAUCACAGCAUCGUUGUCAAUGACCAAAGAAUGGGAAUCACUGCAAAUUUACACCUGGCUCUCAUGAACCUUCGCUAUCCGCACAGCGACCGAAUACUCUGGGUAGAUGCCGUUUGCAUCGAUCAGAGCAAUGUGAAAGAGAGGAACCAUCAGGUUGCGCACAUGAGCGACAUUUAUAAACAAGCCAGCCGUGUUAUUUUCUUCCUGGGGAAUGCAACAUUUACGACUGAUGCAUUCAUGCAUUGUAUGCAGCUUGUUCAGCAGGAGUGCUCCAAGCACGCGUAUCGAUCCUGGACGCGGGACGAUAUACGCUGGAAGAAGAUUUGGGCAGCUGUCCAGGAGAAGACACAAGGAUUUGACGAUGUGCCAUGCCAGGGAUUCAAGAGUCUUCUCAGUCGGUCUUGGUUUCGCAGGGUCUGGAUUUUGCAGGAAGUGGCCAAUGCAAAGGCCGCCGUUGUAUGUUGCGGGAAUCGAGAAAUACCGGCAAAUACUUUUGCCAUUGCGCCCAUCAUCUUUGGCGUUAAACCAAGCGUACACUGCCAGUCUGUCAUUGACAUUAUGCCUGGUCCCUGGAGAAAAUCUUCUUGGUGGAGCGAAAAGCCAUGCCUUUACACUUUAUUCCUCAGAUUUGGGGAGACUGAAGCAAGUGAACCCCGAGAUCUCAUUUACGCUCUGAAAGCUAUAGCUGCCGAUUCCGAUUCCAAUUCUCCUAUUUUAACACCGGACUAUGAGAAGACAGAACGUCGUCUAGUUUGCGAUGUUGUGGGAUUUCUGCUUGGUUUUAAAAGUGACAAAGGCUUGUUGAGCAGCAGUGUGAAUACGACUAUCAAAGGCGUCAUUAAAAAUCUGGAAAAGGUUAAAGAUCACUGGCUAUGGGAAGCUGUCAAAACCGCCGACGUUGAAUGCUUGGAGGGUAUUUUGCGGGCUCCUGGGGUCGAAAUUCCCGAGGGCACCAUAAGUCUUGUGGCAGAAUAUGACAUGACUGGAGAAAUGAUGAACUUGCUUCUCGCUCACCGCAACAAAGAGUCUGAGGUGACCGUUGCCACUUUCUUGAACGCAGUGGAGAUAGGCACAAUACCAGCCAUAGCAGUUUUGGAGGACUAUAUCAGUUCCCAAACCGCAAUUCCCACAUUUAGUGAAAAGUUACUAGCAGCGGCACGGAAUCAACGUCAAGGUGCUUCUCUGAUGGAACGUUUUCUACCAAACAUUCCGAAACUGGAUGAUUAUACGAGAAUUGCGGAAGCAGCAGCCGCUAACAAGGCACAGGCUAUCAAGAUUAUACAACAGCUGAUUCAGCGAAACUGCCGCAUCAUAUUAACUCAUCAGCUUCACAAGAAUGCGCUGAUGAGUGGAUGCUACAAAGAUGUGUUGGAACUCUUCGUCAAAUACCCGUUGAGCCACGAUCAGAUGGUUGACGGAGUGACAAUGAAUGGGGUAAAUGAACAGCCAGACAGCGCCAACAGUGCUAGAGCCUUCUUCAGGAGCCAAGCCAAAUUCCUAAUCCGCCAUGCAUUCUUUGACCAUCAGCUAUUCGCCAUGUUCAAGUUGUCGGGCCAGCAGCUCGAAAGCCACGGCUAUAUCUUUUUAGAAGAAUUCUUCAUAUGCGCUGCCGAGGUUUUUGCAGAAUCGACGGCUGAGUUGUUAUCACAACAGCGGGAACAGUUUAGUUCCGCUCUCACGAUGCAUUGGAUCCUUGAAGACAGCGGAUUUCAGAUCCACGUCACUAAAGAUGCUGUUCAAGCGGCUAUAGAUGGAAAAUUUGGAAGCCAAAUCUUUCGCUUCCUAAAAGAGGCGCGAGAAUUUGUUAUUGACUUUGAAGCUGCGUUGGGAGUAGUCAAACUCGGUAACAUUCCUUCAGUAGAAAAGAUUCUUCUCUACCAAGGGGGCCUCUUCCGGCGCAAUGCCUCAAUCGUGGGUGCGUUCCAAGAAUGGUAUAUCCACAGCGACAAGUAUAUCGACAAAAGCAAGCAGCAAAAAUACAACUGGUUAAUUCAUGCUAUUUACUGCGAAUGUUAUGAAGCUUCCCAGCUGCUGCUCUCCUUUGGUGCUGACACUGAGCAGAAGGAUUUCGAUGGGCAGACUGCACUUACUGCUACCGAGAGCCAUCGAAUUGCGGCAUUGCUUCUUUCUUAUGGUGCCAAUAUUGAUGCGAGAGGAUCCUGCCGCAGAACCCCAGUUCACUGGGCCGUAUCGAGAAAGAAUUAUCACUUGGCGGAACUGCUUCUUGUCUGCGGCGCCGAUGUUAACACCACGGAUCAUUUUGGAGAAACUCCGCUUGAUGUGGCGGCGCAAUUUGGCAAUGAUACUUCACUAUUUAGAAUGCUUCGUGAAUACGGAGCAUAUAAGAUGACGACGUCUUCCAGUUCAAAAUUGAUCGAAACUAUACUGCAAGAACCAACGCCGCAGUCUCCCGUGCCCAUCAGUGCCACAGUACAGGGGCUGAUGGAAGAAUUUGGCCUAGUUGCAAAACCACAUUGUUGGGCAAACUUUGAACUGUCGCCAAAGGAUAGAUGCACAGGUCAGAAGAGAAGACGAUCUUUGAUGCACUAAGUAGCUACUUCAAAGGCCAAAAGUGAUUGCGCGUUUCGCUAGUCUUUAAGAGCUUGUGUAGAGUCACAACUCGAUUAAAGGCAAAGCGUUGCUAAAAGAAUUUUGUUUUUGGAAAGAUAGUAGGCCAAUAACAACUGCUAAUAAAUGAUAGUUGAAUGAUGCGUGAA